UAGCAAUCCAACCUAUUUUCCCCUUUCUCCCCAAAUUCAACCCUUCAAACCAUGGUCACAGACGACAGCGACAGGGACUCUGGCGGCUACAGCGCCGAAUUCGACGUCGGGCGGCUGUACGUGUGGGGCGUCUCGCUGCUGAUCGGCUUCAUUGGGUACAGCAGCCAGAUUUGCGUGUACUGGAGCUACCUGGGCGGCGCAACGCCCAAGAGCCUGCUAGUUCUGGGCGCAUUCAACUUUAUGCUGCUCCUGCUAUACUAUAACUACUACCUGGCGGUGACGGUGGCGCCGGGCCAUGUGCCCCUGGGCUGGGAGCCGCCGCGCACGGGCGCCAACGUGUACGAGCUAAAGCGCGACACGCACAAGCCGCGGUACUGCCGGCAGUGCCGUGCGUUCAAGCCGCCGCGCGCGCACCACUGCACGGACUGCGAGCGGUGUGUGCUGAAGAUGGACCAUCACUGCCCGUGGACCAACAACUGCGUGGGCUAUCACAACCAGGCGCACUUUCUGCGCUUUGUCUACACCGUUGAUGUGACGUGCGUGUUUGCGCUGGCCCUACACGGAUUGCGCCUGUGGGAGCUGGUGGUCGACUCUAUCAACGGCACGUACUACGUCCGGCAGCCGACACAGGCCGAGGUGGCCUUUCUCAUCAUCAACAUGACGCUGGCCGGGCUCGUGCUGCUCUUUGUCGGCAUCCUCAGCGGGUACCACGCGUACUUGGUUGGCUCCAAUACAACAACCAUCGAGUCGCGCGAAAAAUCACGCGUGGAGAAACUUGUGCGCCAGCGCAAGUGCCAGCCGACGCCCUAUCCGUACAACCUCGGCGUCGUGCCCAAUUUCCGCUCGGUAUUUGGCCCGAAUAUUCUGACAUGGUGGGUGCCGCGCAAUAUGUCUGGCGAUGGGCUCAAUUUCAGCAUUGGCCCAGGGCUCACCGCACCUGUCUACUGGCCACCUCUGGGCUACACGCGCGAGAAUGCUGUCGCCGAAGUCGCGCCGCGCACAGUCUUCCACGGCAAGGACGGCGCGCGCGUUGUGUCCGAGAUGGAUGCCGACGGGGAAAUGGUUCUGCGCAAUUACAAUGCGUCCGCCGAUCUGGCAACGCUCGAGAACGGGGGCACGGCGCCCCUGAAGAUGGACAGCGGCGGCGACGAUGACAAGAGCGAAGCUGGCGAUAUUGACUAUGAUUUGGACGAGAGCACAGACAGCGACGACGAUAUUUGCGAUGCCCAGCCGUCCUAUGCGCGCACCUCGGCCGUCGCCCGCACCACAAGCACCGUACAGCGCCGCACGGUGUUUUCGGCCACCACCAAUGCGAGAGGCAGCGACUAUGUGCGCCGCUAUGCCGGCUAUGCUUCUGAAUCUGACUCGGACAACCAGCCUCUCAUUCGCAAACAACAAUAAUGCAUUUUUCUCCUUUGUUCACUGUUCAAUUAUAUAUUAGU